GUGUUAACAUUGAAUGCGGAGAACACUAAUUAUGCCUAUCAAGUUCCAAACUUCCAUAAAUGUGAAAUCUGUCUGCUCUCAUUUCCAAAAGAGUCCCAGUUUCAACGCCACAUGAGGGACCACGAGCGAAAUGACAAGCCACACCGAUGUGACCAGUGUCCCCAAACAUUCAAUGUUGAAUUCAACCUGACCCUGCAUAAAUGCACCCACAGCGGGGAAGAGCCCACCUGCCCGGUGUGUAACAAGAAGUUCUCCAGAGUGGCGAGCCUCAAAGCGCACAUUAUGCUGCACGAGAAGGAGGAGAACCUCAUCUGCUCGGAGUGUGGGGAUGAGUUUACUCUGCAGAGCCAGCUGGCCAUCCACAUGGAGGAGCACCGUCAGGAGCUGGCGGGUCCCCGCACCCACACGUGUAAGGCCUGCCGGAAGGAGUUUGAGACCUCUGCGGAGCUGAAGGAGCACACGAAGACGCACUAUAAAAUUAGGGUGUCCAGUACGAGGUCUUACAACCGGAACAUUGACAGAAGUGGAUUCACAUACUCGUGUCCACACUGCGGAAAGACAUUUCAAAAGCCAAGUCAGUUAACGCGGCAUAUUAGGAUACACACAGGUGAAAGACCGUUUAAGUGCAGCGAGUGUGGAAAAGCUUUCAACCAGAAGGGGGCACUGCAGACACACAUGGUCAAGCACACAGGGGAGAAGCCUCACGCCUGUGCCUUUUGUCCCGCUGCCUUUUCUCAGAAGGGGAACCUGCAGUCGCACGUGCAGAGGGUUCACUCCGAGGUCAAGAAUGGGCCCACCUAUAACUGUACAGAGUGCAGCUGUGUCUUUAAAAGCCUUGGCAGCCUCAACACUCACAUUAGCAAGAUGCACAUGGGCGGGCCUCAGAACCCAGCAGGCCCCCAAGAGACGGCACAUGUUCUCACGGCCACACUCUUCCAGACGUUACCUCUUCAGCAGCCGGAGGCCCAGGUCACGCCAGCCCCCAGUCAGCAGAACUCUCAGGCAGUGACCGAUGUCAUCCAGCAGCUUCUGGAGCUGUCGGAGCCGGGCCCCGCGGAGCCCCAGCAGCCCCCUGCCCCUGGGCAGCAGCUCAGCAUCACUGUGGGCAUCAGCCAGGACAUCCUCCAGCAAGCCUUAGAAAACAGUGGGCUGUCUUCAAUUCCAGUUACAGCACACCCUAACGACCCCAGCCACGCCAAGACCUCUGCAGCGCAGAUGCAGAACGCUGGUGUUCCGAGCAUUUCAAACGAACACACUGGCCCUACAGACCCCGAGCAAGAGAAGGAGCAGGAAAGCCCAGAGAAGGCGGAUAAAAAAGAAAGAAAAAUUAUAAAGAAGAAGUCUCCAUUUCUACCUGGCUCCAUCCGCGAGGAGAACGGGGUGCGGUGGCACGUGUGUCCCUACUGCACCAAAGAGUUCCGCAAGCCCAGCGACUUGGUACGCCACAUCCGUAUCCACACCCAUGAGAAGCCCUUCAAGUGCCCACAGUGCUUCCGGGCCUUCGCCGUGAAGAGCACGCUGACCGCACACAUCAAGACCCACACGGGCAUCAAGGCCUUCAAGUGCCAGUACUGCAUGAAGAGCUUCUCUACCUCGGGCAGCCUCAAGGUGCACAUCCGUCUGCACACAGGGGUUAGACCUUUUGCUUGUCCUCACUGUGACAAAAAGUUUCGAACCUCAGGCCACAGGAAGACUCACAUUGCUUCCCACUUUAAACAUACGGAGUUGCGGAAGAUGAGGCACCAGCGUAAACCCGCCAAGGUGCGUGUUGGCAAGACGAGUGCUCCAGUCCCCGAUAUCCCUCUGCAGGAGCCAAUCCUCAUAACUGACCUAGGUCUUAUCCAGCCCAUUCCAAGAAAUCACAUUUUCCAAAGUUAUUUUAAUAAUAAUUUUGUAAAUGAAGCAGAUAGGCCGUACAAGUGCUUUUACUGUCAUCGUGCAUAUAAAAAAUCUUGCCACCUUAAACAACACAUCAGGUCACAUACAGGGGAGAAGCCUUUUAAAUGCUCUCAGUGCGGGAGAGGCUUUGUCUCUGCGGGCGUGCUCAAAGCACACGUCCGCACGCACACGGGGCUCAAGUCUUUCAAGUGUCUCAUCUGUAAUGGAGCCUUCACGACGGGUGGGAGCCUGCGGCGGCACAUGGGCAUCCACAAUGACCUCCGCCCCUACAUGUGCCCCUACUGCCAGAAGACGUUCAAGACCUCGCUCAACUGCAAAAAGCACAUGAAGACCCACAGGUACGAGCUCGCCCAGCAGCUGCACCAGCGGGCUGCCUCGAUGGACGCCAGCACCGUGGGCCAGGAGGGCAUGCACGUGGGGAUGGAGAGCGAGGAGCUGCCGCCAGCUGCCGAGGCUGUCGCGGCGAGCCCCGAGGCCGUGCUCCAGCUGGAGCCGCAGCACGUCGUGGGCACGGGGGACGCUGGACUGGGGCAGCAGUUGGCAGGUCAGCCCCUGGACACCGACGAAGAUGGCUUUGUGGCCCCACAGGACCCCCUGCGAGGGCACAUCGAGCAGUUUGAGGAGCAGCCUUCUCCGCAGCAGUCCUUUGAGCCAGCAGGGCUGUCACAAGGUUUUACAGUGACGGAUACGUACAGCCAGCAGACGCAGUUUCCACCUGUCCAACAACUACAAGACUCUAGCACGCUCGAGUCUCAAGCCCUGUCCACGAGCUUCCACCAGCAGGGCUUACUGCAGGCCCCUGGCUCGGACAGCAUGCACGCAACAGCGCGCUUGAUCCAGGAGCCGUCUCAGGAAGAGCUGGACCUGCAGGCGCCACGGCCCCAGUUCCCGGAGGAUGGCGAGGACCAGAGCAGGCGCUCUUACAGGUGUGACUAUUGCAACAAAGGCUUUAAGAAGUCCAGCCACCUGAAGCAGCACGUGCGGUCGCACACGGGCGAGAAGCCCUAUAAGUGCAAGCUCUGUGGACGCGGUUUCGUCUCCUCCGGGGUCCUCAAGUCCCACGAGAAGACCCACACAGGCGUGAAGGCCUUCAGCUGCGGUAUCUGCAGCGCCUCCUUCACCACCAACGGCAGCCUCACGCGCCACAUGGCAACGCACAUGAGCAUGAAGCCUUACAAGUGUCCGUUCUGCGAGGAGGGCUUCCGGACCACCGGCCACUGCAAGAAGCACAUGAAGAGACACCAGGCAGUCCCCGCGGCUGUGCCCGCAGCUGGAGAGACGGAAGGCGGAGACAUCUGCCUGGAGGAGGAGGAGGAGAAUUCUGAGCGCAGUGCAUCAAGAAAGUCUCGUCCCGAGGUCAUCACUUUCACAGAGGAGGAGACGGCCCAGCUAGCCCGGAUCCGACCCCAGGAAGGUGCUACAGUGUCAGAGAAGGUCCUAGCACAGUCGGCAGCAGAAAAGGACCGUGUCAGUGAGCUGAGGGACAGGCGUGCGGAGCUGGAGGCCGAGCCCAAGCAUGCCAACUGCUGCACCUACUGCCCCAAGAGCUUCAAGAAGCCCAGCGACCUGGUCAGGCACGUUCGGAUCCACACUGGGGAAAAGCCAUAUAAAUGUGACGAGUGCGGGAAGAGUUUCACCGUCAAGUCCACCCUGGACUGCCACGUGAAGACGCACACAGGACAGAAGCUGUUCAGCUGUCACGUCUGCAGCAAUGCGUUCUCCACGAAGGGGAGUCUGAAAGUGCACAUGCGCCUGCACACGGGGGCCAAGCCUUUCAAGUGCCCGCACUGCGAGCUGCGCUUCCGCACCUCGGGGCGCAGGAAGACGCACAUGCAGUUCCACUACAAGCCAGACCCCAAGAAACCCAGGAAGCCCGCCACGCGCAGCGUGUCUGAAGGGCUGCCGCCUGGACACCUGCUCGGCUCCUCGUCCCCCGCUGACCCCAGCGUUUUCAUCAUGAACAGCUCCGUCCUGACGGGGCAGUUUGAGCAGAAUGUGCUGCCGCAGGGAGUGGUGGGCCAGGCCAUUCUCCCAGCCUCUGUGUCUGCCGGUGGGGACCUGACCGUGUCCCUGACGGACGGGAGCUUGGCCACCCUGGAAGGCAUCCAGCUGCAGCUGGCUGCUAACUUGGUUGGCCCAAAUGUGCAGAUUUCCGGGAUCGACGCCUCCAGCAUUAACAACAUCACCCUGCAGAUCGACCCGAGUAUUUUGCAGCAAACAUUACAGCAGGGUAACCUGCUCGCUCAGCAGCUCACGGCGGAGCCUGGCUUGGCCCCACAGAGCAGCUCUCUUCAGGCCCCAGACAGCACAGUCCCUGCUGGCGUCGUCCUCCAGCCCAUCCCAGGCCUGUCCUUGCAGCCCACGGUGACGUCUGCGAACCUGACCGUCAGCCCGCUGUCUGAGCAGGACCCCGUGCUCCCCACCAGCGGCAGCGGGACCCAAGACCUGGCGCAAGUGGUGACCUCUCCAGGACUGGCAUCGGCCUCUGCGGGCCCCCACGAGAUCACCUUGACCAUUAACAACUCCAGUCUCAGCCAGGUCCUGGCACAGGCUGCUGCGCCCACCACAGCGCCGUCAUCGGGGUCUCCCCAGGAAAUCACUCUGACUAUCUCUGAACUUCACACCACAACCGGGAGCCUUCCUUCAACAACCCCCGUGUCUCCAUCGGCCAUCUCGACACAGAACCUGGUCAUGUCGUCAGCAGGCGUGGGCGGGGAUGCCAGCGUCACGCUGACCCUGGCUGAUGCUCAGGGUGUGCUGUCUGGAGGUCUGGACACCGUCACUCUCAACAUCACUUCUCAGGGCCAGCAGUUCCCGGCGCUGCUCACGGAUCCUUCCCUCUCAGGCCAAGGUGGAGCAGGCUCCCCGCAGGUGAUCCUGGUGAGCCACACCCCCCAGCCGUCCUCAGCCACCUGUGAAGAGAUUGCCUACCAGGUGGCUGACGUCUCUGCAAGCCUGGCCCCGAGCAGCCAGCCCGAGAAGGAAGGCCGGGCACACCAGUGUGUGGAGUGUGACCGCGCCUUCUCGUCCGCCGCGGUGCUGCUGCACCACAGCAAGGAGGUGCACGGCCAGGAGCGCAUCCAUGGCUGCCACGUGUGCAGGAAGGCCUUCAAACGCGCCACACACCUCAAGGAGCAUAUGCAGACGCACCAGGCCGGCCCGUCCUUAAGCUCCCAGAAGCCGAGAGUGUUUAAGUGUGACACUUGUGAAAAGGCGUUUGCCAAGCCGAGCCAGCUGGAACGACACAGCCGCAUCCACACAGGCGAGCGACCGUUCCGCUGCACCCUCUGUGAGAAGGCUUUCAACCAGAAGAGCGCGCUGCAGGUGCACAUGAAGAAGCACACCGGGGAGCGGCCCUACAAGUGCGACUACUGCAUCAUGGGCUUCACGCAGAAGAGUAACAUGAAGCUGCACAUGCGGCGGGCGCACAGCUACACCGGGACGCUGCAGGAGCCCGUGGGACCACGGGAGCCGGAGGCUGUGGAGCUGAGCCGGCCCCUGCCUCUAGAAGAGGUGGUGCGCGAGGCUGCAGGCGAGUGGCCGGCCCUUGCCAACGUGUUCUGAUGCCAGCCAGGCCUGGGGACCUUUCCAAAGUUGCAUUCUGUGACGAAUGACGCACUUGGGAUUUCUGUUUCUCAGCUUCAAGUGUUAACGUUCCCACAGUAGUUUUUUUAACUACAAAACUAUCUACAGAAUCAUCGUCUUUCACAGACUUGUAGAAAAACUGGGGAAAAUGUGAACGCGCUGCCAUCAGUGUCUCCAGUCACCCAACUCAGGUAGUGUGCUGGCAGCUCCAUGUCCCCACGGCCAGCGCUGCAGCCAGCGAGGAGCUAAGUGGACGUCACUGUCAUCGUAGAGCAGUUUCUUUGUAUUAGCAAAGGUGAACGGUACCGUGGAGAAGCCGCCAGGUCUGCACUCGUGCUUUCUGUUAUAGGGAGCGUGGCUUACGAGACAACGCAGCAUAGAAGGAAACAUCACAAUGCACAGGAGGUGUUUUUCCACUUCCUCUCUGCGUUUUGAAAAUUAAUAAAUUUGACUCUUUCUAGCUUACCAUCAGCUAAUGUAACUAAUACCAUGAGAGUCGGCUGGGCCAAUUCUCUCUCCAUUGCGAGGAUCUCAUCGUUAGUGGCAAGAACAGUGUCCGGGGCGUCCACGGGGAACGUGAGGACUCUGCCUGUGCACAGGGCGCUGGCACACCUGCACAUGUCUGCCUGGGCUGGGCCGAGGUCCCCGCAGAAGCACAAGCCAUACGUUGCAGAGAGGAAAUAGCAGGACUGUCCUGGAGCAAGUGACCGGGCCCUGUCCUCCUCAGUAAGUAAGAACCAUGUUUGUAGCUUAAGGAUAAGGAUCUAUGAAAACCCGUGACUUCCUCCUUGUGCAUCAACAGGUGUAUUUUUUAUUUCAGGGAGCUCUUAGUGUCAUCGAUGGUGCCACCUUCAACAUGCCCCAUACCAACCCCCUCGGCCCCGCGUCGGGCGGAGCGUGCGCCGUCCUUACGCAUUCCAAAGAUGGAAGGUUCUUCGUGCUGGCUUCCCUCGAGCUUAUUUGUGUGUUCUCCGUAUAAGCACGUCUGCAUAGACAGACCCGCGAGCCUCUGUGUGACUGAGCGGUAUACCCUGUAAAUACGAGCACCAGCCCCAGGUGCAGGAGAGCACCCCAGUCUCACCUCCGACAAGCACUUCACAUCAGUAUUGGAUUCAUCUUACUAAUGAGUGGGCGUCUUCUCUCCUUGUAAUGUAAAGCUGGGUCUAUUUUUGUUUCCUGAAAAAUAAUUGCCUUUAUUUUCUCUCAUUGCCUCCUUGGUUUCAGAAAAGCGUAGUUUUAUUAUAAAUAUUGUAUGGACUUUGUAUAUGAAGAGAGGAGCCCAUUUCAGAUUCCUAAGAAAGAGACAUUUCACUGUUCUUUUGAAAGGGCAUCUUUUGAUUUGUUGUUGUUCACUUUUCACAUAUGUAUAUAAGUAAUAGUGAUGGUGAUACGAAAACUUUUGUUAUGUGAAAAUAUUUAAGUCAGAAAACUGUUAAAUAAUAUUACUUUUUUUUUCAAACUGCUUUGUGUACUGUAUAUUUUUUUAAGGAAAAAAAGCCUUAUUUGACUUAUUCUUGUGAUACUGGAUUUCAUAUAAAUCCCAAGGUUUCCCUUGAAUGUCAAAGCGCGAAUCUGGCUGUGCUCAGUGUAAUUGUAAUUGUGCUAGAGUUUUAAAAGUUCUGCUUUUAAUGCACUUUUCCUUUUAUAAUUUUGUAUUAAGAUAUUUUAGUAAUGUUAAUUAAUCUUAGUGAACAAAUAUCCCUAAAGUUGGAAAUUAUUGCAAUUUUAGAUUCUUUGUUUCACUGGGUUAUUUAUUUGGCUUUUAGCAUUAAAUGUCACCUCAGGAUGGCUCGGAAAGGGGCUGUUUAAUUCCCAGUUGUAUAGAAAGUAUAGCCUAGUGAACUGUAUUAGUUUAUUGCCUAUUUAACGCCUUAACAGGUGAAUUUAAAACUUAUUUUUGUUUAGGUUGAAGAAAAAGGAAAAAAAAAACCCUAUUAAUAAUCUACUUUGUGUCUUUCCCAAUUUAUCUGCAGGCACACACGUCGUGUGUAUUAUUUUUAUUUACUCCCUAAUUAUGAAAGCUGCUGCUUUGCAAAACAUUCCUUGAAAAUAUCAGGUUUUAAUGUGACACGAUUUCACUUGAAUCUUUGCAGUGUACAGGCUGAUCUCUGUGUUUUACCUGUUGAUUAAAAAGUCGUUUUAGAAAAGGGAUUUCUAGGCUUGUACACAACUACAGGCUUGAGGAUAGGGUUCUGUAUUUUAAAAUCUAUCUUAUCGUAGCAUAUCUGAUCUGGAAUAGCUAUAAAUUAAAAGAUGAAGUUAAAAAUAUUUAAGGUAAAAUAGUUUGGCAUGUGAACUCAUUUCAAGUUCAAGUAUUUUUUAACAGAAGAGAACUUGAAUGACAUUUUUCUUUACUUCUGUGAAGUCCAGACCCUCCGUGUCUUUUUGAAGAGCUCCCAGUUCAGUGGUCAGGACUUGGCUUCAGGAUGGUGAGUGUAGUCCUGUGCAAGUGACAUUCCUGCCGCAGCCGUCCUGCCAGCCGUCCUGUCAGACGACACCUGCCCUGUCCAAAACCUCCUUUCCUGGGGAGUGACUGUUAAGCACUUAGAUCAGCUGAAAGAACAAAUUACCUUUCAAAGAUACUGUGCUUAAGACCGGUACGGAGCUUAAACCCGGCCAAGGUGCAGGAGGGCCCGGUGUGUGUAGAAUCCAGCUGGGCAGUGUGUACAUGGCCAUGUCUUCAUAGGAUGCAACAGAGCAGAUAAAAGCACGCUUCAGAUAUGUAAACUUGGAUCCUCUCCCACCCCAGCAAGCCCUGCUGCUGCCCCUUUAGGCCCCAGAGGUACUUAGUGGAGUGUCUAAGUAGAGGAAAGCUGUGACCACGGUCUAGGCGAUGCCACUUGGUUCAGCCGAGGAGUCUCAGGCCUGCUCUGAACCCUAAGGAUGCUGCGUGGUGGAACGUGGGCAGUCGUGCGCAUACACUGCAGCGUGCUUGGUCGUUGCUAGCGUGCUCAGUCAUUGCCAGCAUGCUCAGUCGCCGCCAGUAUGCUGAACCAUUGGUAGCAUGCUCAGUCAUCAUUAGUGUGCUUAGUCAUCACUGGUGUGCUGAGUCCUUGCCAGUGUGCUGAGUCAUCGCUAGCAUACUCAGUCAUCACUAGUGUGCUUAGUCAUCACCAGUAUGCUGAGUCAUUGGUAGCAUGCUCAGUCAUCAUUAGUGUGCUUAGUCAUCACUGGUGUGCUGAGUCCUUGCCAGUGUGCUGAGUCAUCGCUAGCAUACUCAGUCAUCACUAGUGUGCUUAGUCAUCACCAGUAUGCUGAGUCAUUGGUAGCAUGCUCAGUCAUCAUUAGUGUGCUUAGUCAUCACUGGUGUGCUGAGUCCUUGCCAGUGUGCUGAGUCAUCGCUAGCAUACUCAGUCAUCACUAGUGUGCUUAGUCAUCACCAGUAUGCUGAGUCAUUGGUAGCAUGCUCAGUCAUCAUUAGUGUGCUUAGUCAUCACCAGUGUGCUGAGUCAUCACCAGUGUACUCAGUCAUCAUUAGUGUGCUUAGUUAUCGCCAGAGUGCUCAGUCAUCAUCGCCAGUGUGUGCUGACUCAUUGCCAGCGUGCUGAGUCAUUGCCAGUGUGCUGAAUCAUUGCCAGUAUGCUCAGUCAUCGCCAGUGUGCUGAGUCAUUGCCAGUGUGCUGAGUCAUUGCCAGUAUACUCAGUCAUUGCCAGUGUACUAAAUUUUUGCUAGCGUGCUCAGUCAUCACCAGUGUGCUCAGUCAUCACUAGCAUGCUCAGUCAUCACCAGUGUGCUCAGUCAUCACCAGUGUGCUCAGUCAUCACCAGUGUGCUCAGUCAUUACUAAUAUGCACACUCAUUGCCAGAGUGCUCAGUCCUUACUAGCGUGCUGAGUCAUUACUAGCAUGCUCAGUCACUGCCAACAUGCUUGGUCAUCACUAGCAUGUCCAGUCAUUGCUAGUGUGCUCAGUCGCUGCCAGUGUGCUCAGUCAUUAGUAGCAUGCUCGGUCACUGCCAAUGUGCUUAGUCAUUACUAAUGUGCACACAUGUUGCCAGCGUGCUCAGACUCUGACUCAGUCCCCUUAUUGUAGGUCCCACCCAUGGUCAUUUUUAAGUAUAACUAGUGUCCUCUGUCUUCCUUUGGGCUCUAACAUUAGUGCGCAAGAGACACUGCGUUACUACAGGUACAAGAUUUUCAGAAGUAGAAGUUAAGUUUCAGUUCUACCUUUGGGUUUUUAUCUUUUCAGAAGAGUAUUUAUAACUUAUUAAGGUACACAUCUUAACAGUAAAUGACCGUCACACAGAUUUCUGUGAGUAACGUUUCUUUAAAGAAAUACCUAAGCCAGUCAGACUGCUUUCUGGCUACUCUCUUUAGGGGGUAUCUGAUGCCACCUGUCUUGCAGGAGUUUUUCACUGAAGUGAAUUGCAGAGUCAGUCCCGUGCCCCCGCCCCGAGGAAGUUAACCCAAGCACGGUCGUGCUCCGCUCCUUUCCUGAGAGCUGCUGCGCGAUGAGCCUGGUUCUGGGUUGAGAGUGCUCUCCUUUGCCAUCUAAUCUGUACUCACGGAACGCAGGAGCUUUGGGUCUUCCGCAGUGACAUUUCAGAAGUGCCUACACACAGAGCCCAGCGUCCUGUCGUUUGCAGUUUGUGGUCUCCAGAUGUCUGUUCUAGUGGAAAGCCCCGUGCUGAAACCCAGUUGCAUCUCCUUGCGUGGUCUAACACGUGGGGGCACAGGGCCCUUUAAGGUGAGAAGCCUCACACACCCCCCGCCGGGCAAGAUUCCAGAGCCACGGGCCACAGCCGGCUGUUACAUCCUGUCUGAGUCCACCCCCUGCCUCAGACACACAUGUGCACGGGUGGGCGCACACGCUGGCCUCUCCCUGCACGCUCCCCCAGCCCCGGGCGUGUGGCACUUUGCUGGCAGAGGACUAGCCGGUGUCCACCCAAGAACAGGAGCAGCAUCAGAGGGUUCCACUGCUUCAUCUUUUUAUGUGAGACUUUACAGCAUGAAGACUUUGUAUUCAAUCAAGGUUUGUAUUAUGUUUGACAGACUAAAAUGACAGCAAUUUGUUUUUGAUUCACCACUAAAGACAAUUUUUAAAGUUAAUUUUUUUAAUUUACAGAAGAGUUCUCUUUUUACCUUCAAAAUUGUUUUGUGGUCUAUUUAUACAUUGGAUGAUAUUUAUUUAAUCCGAUUUUGUAUUAGAAAUGGAUAGUU